UCCCCUCUUGUAUACAAAGACAAAUUUAAAGUUUUCUGUGCGAAGACUUUUUGUAACCCAGAUUAAUCUAUUUUUAAAUCCGCCAAUCGCAUCACAACGCGGCUGCAUCUUCUAUUUUCGUUUCUGCCAGAAUCACACUUCAUGUUGGAUGUCAGAGGUAGUUUAAGCUUAUGUCACAGUCUGGUCUUUGUAUUUUCAACCCGCUUAUCUUCCGAUAGUAACACAAACUGUUUUUUUGAAAUGUGAUCGUUUCGGAAAUUCGAUGUUUACAUCUCUCGUUCCAGAGUCACAUGUUGCAGCAUGUUUUCAACUUCUCUAAAGAUAAACAUUGCCUCCUCACACCAGGGGCCAUGUGUGGACCUGGUUUGAAAUGGUCCAUUCUAAAGUGAAUUAAAGUAUACAUCGGAAAAAUCAAAAUGGACGAAUGCCAGCCACAAGUUUUGUUGAUGCAGAACGUCCAGGAUCUAAGAAGAAGACUGCGAGAAACUGAGAAACAUCUAAACAAACUAUCAAAAAUAGAAAGGACAGACGAUGAUGACCUUGAUUCUGUAACCACAGUGAACAGUAUCCCUAUGUCAGAAAGACUUCACAUGUUUGAUCACCUUCAGUUCCCCAAUAAGGAAAUGAUGGAUAUAGAUGAUAGGGAAAGUAUACAAUCAGGACUGGCUACUCUUCCAGAUUCUUCCUAUGCAGGAUUUGAAAGAAUACAACCACCAUCCAGUACUCCUAAUAGACCACAGACCUCUAGUAGACCAGACAGAGAAUCCCGUCUGAAACAGGACCAGUAUCGAUCAGAACAAGAGGAUGCACGCUACCUCAAGGAGGCAAACAGGAAACUGCUUCAACAGAACCAUAAACUUCUAGCAGAGGUAGAGAAGUGUAGCCAAGAGGUCAACAGCAGCAGAGUCAAGAUCGAAGAACUGAGUAAUGAACUGGAUGAGUACCGACAAUCCAUCCCAGAUCUAGAAGACAAGAUUGUAGGACUGCAAGCAGAGACAGAGGCACAAGACAAUGCUCUAAUGAGUGCGGAAGAGAGAUAUGAGAAAUGCCAGAGACAGGCCAAUGUUUAUCAUCAGAAAUGCAAACAACUUGAGCAAGAAAUGGAGGAAGUAAAGGAAGAUAUUAUACAAGAAAGGAAGAAGAGAAAAGGAGCUGAAAGCCAGAGAGAUGAGGCUUUGUCCAACUUUUUAGAAGCUCAGGAGACUCUGGAGGAUUACCAAAAGAAAAGCAAGGAGAGAACAAAAAAGAUGGAAGAAACAGAGGAUUACCUUAGAGAUAGUCUGGCUCACGCGAAUCAGGAGCGUGAAGAUCUCCUGGAGAGAGUCAACCUCCUUCAGUCCAAGUCCAGAUCUCUGACGGAGGAAGUCAGGAGACUUGAGACUGUGGAAGAGGUGGAACUGGAUAGUCGACAAGAUAUGGAACAACAAAACAUGGAUCUUAGGUCACAGCUGGCCAAGGUCACAACUCAACUCAAUCAACUGGAGGUUGAAGGUAUGCACAAUGAGAGUAUGAAAAGAGAAAAUUUCCGCCUAAAAAGCCAGAUUGACAGUCAGCAGCAGCAACUGAGUACAUGUCAACAAGAGAUUGAAGAGAGUCGUACCAUGCUGGCUCAACUAGAGCAGCUGGCACAGCAGGUCCAGAACCAGUCCCAGAGAGCCAACACAAGUUUCAAUGACAGUGGAAUGUUUAGUGUGCAGCCAUCUAGUCCCUCCAGUAAAGAUAACGCCUCAGCUUCCUUCAGAUCUGUUGAUAAAAAUGGAGCAGCUGGCUCAGCGGUUGGGGCACAGUCAAUCCUACAGGACCUGAGGAUGAAGCUUGCAAUGAAGGAUGCUGAGAUCCAGCGGCUACAAGCUGACAUACAGGCAAAGGAGGUGAGCAGCCAGACCCAGGUGAUAGAGAACCUGCAUCGAGAACUCACAGCCAUGGUACAAAGCAACAAACAAGGUGUGACAAAAGCACAGGAACUAGAGGCCGUCAUUGGACACAUGGAAAUGGAGAAAGCCCGACUAACAAAAAAAGUGUCCGACCUUCAGCGUGACCUUGCUGACAAGGAUGUACAUGUUACAUCUAUGGAGUCACGCGUCAAUCAACACAAUGUCCAGCUAAUAGAUUUACAGGAGCAGAUCAAUGACAAAUGUACAGCAACUACCAACUUAGAGCGUGAGCUUCGUAAGAAAACAUCCCAGUUAGCGAGCUUAGAAGAACAACUGGAUGAAAAAACUUCAAACUUGUCUGGGACUUUGGCCAAACUUAGGGAGUUCGAGGAAGAUUGUCGGGAAUAUCAGGAUGAAGCUAGCAAACUUAGGACUGAACUUCAUGGCAAAAAAGACUCGCUUCAGCAGACAACAAGUCUGGCUGAGCAAAACCAGCAGAUUCACCGGGAACAGUGUCGCGACUAUGAAAAACAGGUUGAUAUACUCACUCAAAAGUUGGAGAAGAAGACAAGUCGCCUUGAGGAGCUUGAGUCACAGCUUGGGCUGUUGAGGAGAGAGACAAAGGAGAAAACACAGCACAUACAACAGGUGGAGGAACUGCUCAGACAGAACAGACAGGAACUUGAUGCAAAGACAAGACAGAGUCAGCGAACCUUGCAGCAAUUGGAACUACAGGCAAACGAGGGCACAAGUCAGAUUAGAGAUCUUGAGUCAGCACUUGUCAUGUGUAAAGAAGAAGUUAAAACUUACAUUGAGGCCCUGGAGGACUCCAAGGAGCGUUUUGACAAGGAACUCGAGUACAAGGACAAAAAGAUAGUUGAGUUGGAUCAGAGGGCCAGGCAGAUGUACAAAGACCUGGAGGAAAAGUUAAAACAGAACACAGAUCUGGAGAAGACAUUGUUUGAGCACCAGACCAUGUUACAACAAAGUACGACCAGAAUGUCUGAUCUGGAGGACACACAGAUCGAACUCAACAGACAGAUUUCCCAACUAGAACACCAGAUGUUAGAGGACAAAGCUCGUUACAUGACAGAAACACAGUCCCUGGAGAAAAAACUUACCCAGACUUGUCAGCGAAUUGAGGAACAAACAGCAGAAAUCACUCAGCUACAACAAACUAUCAAAGAUUACAAGGAGGAAAAAUUACAGCUAAAUUCUGACAUACGUACCCUGGAAGAUCAGCUUCAGGAUGAACAGACUGGUAGUGAAUGUAAAACUAAACGUGUGUCUAAGCUUGAGAAGGACAUCCGUGAUCUUAGGGUGGAGUUAGAGAAGAAAAUAGAAAUUAUUAAUGACUUUGAAGACCAGCUACAACAGAGGGAGGAAGACAUGCAGCAACAGAUGCAGCUGGUCAGUGAAUUGGAUGGUGAAAUCAAGAGAUUACAGGUGUCCUCAGAGCAGGACCAGAAUCGUGCCUCUGAUGUAGAGGGACAGCUUCAGAAAAUUUUGUAUGAACUAAAAGCCAAGCAGGAAAUGAUUGAAGACAUGAAGGAGGCCCAUAGAAAAACACAAGAGGAACUCAAUGACAGAAAAAGGGAAGUUGGGGAGCUGAGCCAUGCCCUCCAAGACCGCCAGAGCGAGCUACAACAACGGAUACAGCAGGUAACACAAUUAAACCAGAACAUCAAGGAGCUACACAACGAGAUGGAACAGAGGAUACAGAGAUUGGACAGCCAGCUGAUUAAGUAUGAGAGCGAGAUCAAGGAACGCACUAAACAGAUUUCUGACCUUGAUGACAGAUUACAGUUGACACAGACCGACCUGAAAGAGAAAGCGCUCCAGUUUCAGCAGGCCGAUCAGUUGUCCCAGAGACAGCACAUGGAGCUGCAGUCUAAAACCACAACAUUGGAGGAGCUUCAGAAAACAGUGGAAAAACAGAAGCUUCGAUUAGAUGAACAGAAAGAGGAAAAUGUAGAGAUUACACAGGAGCUCAGACUUACCAGAGAGCAACUUCAGCAACAACAUGCUGAGUUUUUGUCUACAAGAAGACAGCUGUCACAGAUGACAAGAGAAAACGAACGGGUAACUCGAGAAUUAGAGGAGACACUCGCUCAGCAUCAGAGUAAGGAAAACAAUAAUGCUCGCUUGGCAGAAGAACUCGGGGCCAGUAAGGCACGUGAGGCCAAGGCUGAGGCUAGGGUCACAUCUGAGGUUAUCAGUCUUCGAGAGGAGCUGGCAGAGACAACAGAAAAAUAUGAAGACCAGAUACAUCAGAUGAAAGAAAAGAUGAAAGAUUUUUCCUCUGACAAAAAGAAAUUGAUGACAGAACUUGAGGAGAAGUCAACACAGCUGCAUGAUCUAGAGAUUCACUACCAAGAGCAGUUUGAGAAACUCCAGGAUGACCUAAUUGUUAUAAACCAGGAGAUGGCUGCUAAGAAAAAAAUUGUCAGCGCUGCAAACGAGUCUCUUAUUAUCAAGGAUGCUGAGAUUGCUCGAUUACAGGCCAGAAUCUCUGGGAUGGAAAGGUCCCUGGCUGCAGCGAGAUCUAUAGAGAGUUUCCAAGGUGAUAGAGCUAGCUCUGUAUAUCAGAGUUCAGUGCUCAUGUCAAGUUUUUCAGGAAAGUUGGAUUCUGAAUCAGACGAUCUUAAUCAGAUGAAUGCUUUUCUUCAUUCUUCUGAUCAAACAAAACAAAAACUUCCCAUGCGUGGAAAUACUGAAGAAGUGGAUAUUCAUCAACAUGACCAAGUUAUGUCAGACCUUGAUGAUCCCCCAAGGUCAAAACGUGUGGAAAAAGUGACUACUGUAUCCAAUAAAAACCAACAUACAAAAACUGAUGUUGCAGCUCAUAGCAACGGCAAUGGUGCUAUUAGAAAUCUAAAAUUUGAUGAUCCUAAUAGUGUUCCUCAACACUCCUACAACCAAAACCAGAGAUCAAAUAAUAUGUCUCAACGAUUCCCUCAAGGUCAGCCUGUUAUAAAUAAUCAACCACAACCACCUCCUGCCAGAAAAGGGAGACAAUCUGAUCAAUUUCCUGGAGAAUUUGCACAAGAUCCCACUACAGCCAUGAUGAUGUAUGGUCAAAGUCCUGGAGAUGACCAGCUCAUUAUGGAAACAGACUUUAGUGACCAGUACUUUAAUGACCAGUCAAAAGGUCAACUGGAACCAGAACAGUGCAUGCAAGAACUUCAGGAGCGGCUUCGAGCAAAUGAAAUCCGUCAAAAGUUGAUUGACAAACAGCUACAAAGUCUGGAUGAAUGAAGAAAUGACAAUGAUUGCAGCAUAUGUAUGAAUGAGUGCAAGGACGGAUGGAAAUCAGGACGAAUGGCAUAUAUUUUAACUGUUUAAGAUUAUAAAACUAUUAAUUUUUACUGAUAUGUGAUUGUAACGAGUGUUUUGGUGGAGGCGCCAAAGUACAAUUAAAAUAGUACAACUAAAAUCAUGGAUGUAAAGGUUGUCGAAUAGUGUACAUUAUGAUGUGAUGAACUCUAUUGCAUCUUUGGUGUGAUAUAGAAAUGAAAUUAAGUUACAAUAGUUUGGCUUUGGCUUGGGGGGGGGGGGGGGGGGGUGUCAGAAGCAAAUUUAUAUGGUAUACAAUGUCGUGUUCCGUUAUACGAUUUGUGUUCAGUCUAUUCUAUUUCUAUUAUGUUACGUGGUCAGAACAAGAAUUUGGAAACAGCACCUUUCUCUUAUUAAAUCAUCUUUACCAAAAAAAUAUUUUCCAAAGUUUUCAAUUUACAAGCAAGUUGUUUAAUUCAUAGCAUAAAGGACAUGUCAGUGAUUCCAUUUACAAACUCUAGAUUUUACCACCUUAGCUCUCUCUCGUGGGACUACAAACAUCAUGCUAACCUCAGCAAUUUUCUUACCCUUGAUUAACCUUUGCCUCAAAUACUUUUCUUCAACCUCCAAAACCUACUGUAGUAAAUGUAGAUUCAGCAUUACACUAGCAUAACAGAAUCAUGACUUAGUGAUAAUUUAUACAUUCCUAAAACUUGCCUCAAUAUUUUAUCUUUAUUAUUUAAUAUUGUACCAUAAGUUUUCAUUAUCAUAAUUAAUAAACGUGUUAUAUAUAUAUGUAUUAGUAUAUUGUAAACACAACAAGCCUUAUCCGUCCAUUUGACAUCAGUAUUUGUUUUUACCAUCAACAUUAAUUAGUGCUAUGAUUUAUGGUUGUUCUUCAGGAUGAAAUAAGGCAUUAUUUUCUUAUAUAUAUUUUGUAUUUGUUGUAGUUAAAUGUUAAUCAUCACACAUGCUUGUAUUGGUUUGAAUGGGUAGUGGAUGUUAGAACGAUAGAUGCCAGCAUCCAGGGGAAGUAACUCUGCUUAAAAUGUACAUUAGCCGAGACAAAGCGGAACACUUGUUGUUUUGUUUUGAUACAUGUACUCGAUAACAAAUACAUCACAAUUCUAUCUUAUAAACUAGUAAAAUGCCAACAAAUUACGACAGGACUGAUUCCAUUUGUAUGUGUAAGAUUUUUUAAUUAAUAAUUCUGAACUCGAGUUGUGUUUUAGUUCUUCACAAGCAUAAAUAUAUAUAUUGUCAUUUUUGACACCAAACUCAUGGCAUCCAUAGACAUUUCAGUGCAACUUCCAUCAAAGUUAAAAAUUACAAAAGAGAAAGACAUCCUACUUGCACUUUUUUGUGACUUAAAACUCAACAAACCUGUGUAAAAUAUAUCAAAACAAAAUCUAACAAGAAUUUUUUUUUUAAGAUAUGGAAACUGUUCACACAUAACUUGGAGUUUUGGUUUUGAGCUGACAUUCAUGGAACAGGGAUUCUCAUUAAGUGCUUAUACAAUUACUUUGUUUUGAUAAAUCAGUUUGAAAAAAAAAAAACACUCAGCAUUGGGGGAAAAAAAUCAUGUAUCUGUUUCAAC